CAUCGCGUACCCGUCCAUCUUACUGGCAAAUCCCAUCCCCUACCUGACUAAUCUCCACAGUCAGAGCCCGCGCCUUCGUCCAGCUCUCUCUUCUCUCCUCCGACGAUUCUUGCUUGUCCAAGUCUGGUGGCUGGUGGUAGACUGCCGGAGGCGAGGGAAAAUCACUCAGAGUCUAAGCUAUUUAGAUAUUUCUAGGGAUGUUGGCUCAUGGUCUAGCAACAGAUCCCUCAAGGACUUUGCGAUGUCCAGUUGCUUCAAGGGUGUCGACUGCACCCUUGGGAGUUGUAUCUUCGUUGAGUUUCAACAGGGGACGCAAGGAAAAGAACAAAAUCUUCAUCAAUGUGGAUAGAUACACAAAGUACAGUACUCCUCUCUGUUAUGCACAGAGAAAUGCCAGAAUUACACCACGGGCAACUGCAUCAUUUGGGGACAUGGCUGAUUCUUCGACUCCCAUCUUUCCUAGAAUCCACGUGAAGGAUCCAUAUCAGCGUCUUGGAAUCAGCAGGGAAGCAUCUGAAGAAGAGAUUCGAGCUGCCAGGAACUAUCUGAUAAGCAAGUAUGCAGGCCAUAAGCCAAGUGUUGAUGCAAUUGAGUCUGCCCAUGACAGGAUUAUCAUGCAGAGUUUCUUUGAUAGGAAAAAACCAAAAAUGGACCUCAAGAAAAAAUUUAGGGAACUUAGUCAGUCACGUGCAGUCAAGGCUAUUCAAGGCAGAUUUCAAACACCACGUAGCAAAGUCAUUUGGCAGACAGCAAUUACUUUUAUCUUGCUUGGAGCACUUACCCUUGCUUUUCCUACUGAAGAAGGGCCAACUCUCCAGGUGGCCAUUUCUUGUGCAGCAAAUAUCUAUUUCAUUUACCAGAGGGUCAAAAGUGGAUGGCGAGCAUUCUUUUAUGGGUUUGGAUCUUUCUUUGCUUCCUGGUUCCUUGGCACCUUCUUGAUGGUAUCUGUAAUUCCACCUAUACUGCCAGGUCCAAGAAACUUGGAAGUGAGCACGGCAUGUGUCACAUAUGCCCUCCUUUUCAUAUCAUCAACCUUCCUGAAGUAGAUGUUCAUAUUUCCAUGUUAGCCUAUAGUCCUGCGGCAGUCAUCAACAUGGUAUCGAGCUUGUGAUGACUAUUGACUCUACAGUCAUCUGCUUCUUUAUUUGUUUCCCGGAGUUGCAAAUGGUAGUUCUUUGGUGAGUCGAUAGUAGAUGUCAGGUUGUAAUGUGACUUUUUUUGCCCAGGCCCUUGAGAUAAUGAGAUCUUAAGCAGUGAGUCUAACACCUCCUGUAGGCAUUUUGGUUGAUGUGUUAAACACAGUUUGGUUUGGAUAGAUCAUGAGAUAAUAUCCAUCUGAAUUGACGUAAGUUUGUCCCUGUCGUUUUUACUA